UCUCCUGAAGCUCAUAUGUAUUAUUUUCUCACUGCAACUUCUACUUUUCUCAACUUUCUCGUCUUCCAAACAGAGCUCCCUCCCAAAAAUGUCAAAUCUUUCUUCAAAACCCUACCAAAUCGGCUACGCUUUAACUCCGAAAAAGGAGCAAACUUUCAUCGUACCGUCCCUCCUUUCUCACGCCUCCCAGAAUGGCGUUGUUUUAACCAAAAUCGACCCCACCAAACCUUUGAUCCAACAAGGACCCUUCGAUUGCAUCCUCCAUAAAUUGUACGACUCCGACUGGAAACAAAAUCUUCAAGACUUCGCUUCCCGAAACCCUAACAUCCCCAUCAUCGCCUCUCCAGAGUCCAUCGACAUCCUCCGAAACAGAAUCUCAAUGCUCGAAACUGUUUCGAAACUAAAAAUAAACAACACCGGAGUCCCCAAACAAAUCACCAUUACCGAAGUUACGGGUUUGGAAAAUUUGAAACUCAACUUUCCGUUAAUCGCGAAGCCGUUAGACGCGGACGGCAGUGAGACGUCGCACAAACUGCACCUCAUCUUCGACAAAGAUGGGUUAAAUAACUUAACGGCGCCGUUUGUUUUGCAGGAGUUCGUUAAUCACGGCGGCGUCGUCUUUAAAGUCUACGUGGCCGGCAAAUAUUUCCGGUGCGUGAAACGGAAGUCGUUACCCGAUAUUUCGGAGGAGAAACUGGUAAAUUUGAAAGGUUCACUGCCGUUUUCGCAGGCCUCGAAUUUGGCAGCGGCAGGGGGAGGGGAAGGUUGUAAAUUUGAAAAGACGGAAAUGCCCCCGGAGAGUUUAGUGAAGGAGUUGGUGGAAGGGUUAAAGGAGGAAUUGAGGUUAAAUUUGUUUAAUUUCGAUGUGAUUAGGGAUGGGAAAAACAAGGAGAAUUACCUAGUCAUCGAUAUCAAUUAUUUUCCGGGGUAUGCCAAAAUGCCGGAUUUUGAGUCUGUCAUUACGGAUUUUUUACGUGAUGUUGUGCACAAGGACAUAAACUGCGGGGAUAAUUGAGGAUUGGAGAUGCCAAAUAUAGACUCUUGCCUUUGUUCAGACCUUGAUCUUACUAGUUCUUCCUGCUCAUUCUUGGCCACAGACAAUGGUACACGUUCUCCUCGGUUAAGAUUAGAAGCCCUACUUUCUAUUUCUUCAUUUGAAGCAUCUCUAGAAUCUCGGGACAUCUUCUAUCCACAUCACACAAUUUAGCUUUAUCCAAAAAAAAAAAAAAAUCACAUCUCAUCACAUCAGUAAACAAACGACAUGUACUUCUAGAUUUAUUUUUGACCUUAGGAUUAGAAAAUUGGAUUCUGAUACUAAUAAAUGUAACACCCCUAUAUCCGACCCGACCACCCGGGUCAAAAUAUAGGAAUGUCACAUUUGAUGCCAGAGUAACCUUGGCCUUAUACUAUUAAAUCGGACCUUUUAUAGAGAAUGUUCUAAUAUUAUUUACUUGUUAUUUUCAUAAUACUAUUAUAUUGAAUAAAAUUGGAUAAAAUUUUUGUUUAAACAUCUCAUUUGUGCAAAAUAGCGACGAAGUACUGAUACUGCCUCAUAGGUAUCGAUACCUUGUUUCAAGUAUCGAUACCCCUGUAUCGAUAUUUUAGAAAAAUCAAAUAAGAUUCAUAUAUAUUUGUUCCCUGGUCAAAGUAUUGAUACCUAAAUAAGGUUUGAUAUUUUAGAAAAUCCAAAGGAAAAUUUGUCAAAAUAGCCCAUCAAUUUCACCUUGUAAAUUCCCUAUUCAAUAGACAAUUUAAACUAGGUCAUUUCAUAUAUCAAUUAUAAUCAUGCAUUCUCCAUACUCAAUUUCUUAAAAUAAUCAAACCAAUAUCAAGUUUUACGACUAGAUCACUUAACAUUUCAUUUACUAACAUAACACUCAUCUAGGUACAUGCCACUUAUCUAAGACAAAAUAGAGAAAAAAUACUCUUUUUCGACUCCGGUGAUGUGAUGAGAUGCUUCAAAUCUUUGGUAUCCUUUGCUUCUACUCUUUUUCCUACGUGUAUAAAACACAUGUUAAGUUAUUGCUAGCUUAGUAAAUACACCCGGAGUUUAAUUAA